GUGUGGUCUAUGAUCUCUCUGAUGUGGAUAUUGGAAAUCUCGAGGAUUGUCGAUUCUUCAUUGGUGAUGCUCGAUUCUCGAGUUCCAACGUGUUGAGGAUCUCGAUCCUGGAUCACGCUGUGCUAGUCGUGUGGAGCUAGCGAGCGGCUGUCCCAACGGUGGUUGAACCCGUGGCUUGAGCCGCAUCCUAGGUCUCUUUUCUCCGCUGUGCCAAAUUGACGACGUUUUUAUCUCUUGACGUGGACUGACUGGAUUAUCUCGUUUGCUAUUGACUCAAGUCCCUUCUCCUACUCCUCCUCCUCCUCCGCCUCCUUCCCAUCAGCCAGCCAGGCCUUCAAUCACUCACUCACUCACUCACUCAGUCACUCACCAAGAGAGCAAUAAUGAUGCAUAUAAUGGUAAUGAUGAUGAUCAAGCUGGCCUGACGGCCCUCUGAGGACCCCUUAUCACUCUGUCGUCCGUCAGACAAUCGCACUGUGGAGAAGCCAGGCUUUCACUCCCGAUAAGAGGGAAGGGUGAAAAUGUAACCCGUUGGUCUGGGUGCGUAAGGACAUUGAUCAGUGAUGAACUACGACGGACUCGUAUUCUUCAACGACUCUGGUGUGUCUCAAGGCCUCUGAAGUGAUUCGUGAUCUUUGAGAAUGAUCUUGUCGGAAGUGAUGAGCUGAAAGCAUGCUCGAAAGAACCGCGUGUUAAAACCAUGUCCUUCAAGGCUGUGGCCUUUGAGCGCCAUGGCAGUCUCAUUCAAAGGAAAAAAUCCCCCAUGGCCACCACCUCGCUGUCUAGUAUCAGAGAUGAAAUGACAUCAAAUCUCACGAGCCAGGUGGAGCCCCUAAGACUACGGUCGUCGUCAAAACAACAUUUGCAGGCUAAGAGUAGAUCAUCGGUCCUUCAUCGUCGUAGCGAUUGUGGGUCAGCAUUCUCCUCGAUCCAGAAUCCCCACAGACCAACUUAUUCCCCUGGUCCCACUUCUAUGUCUAGUUUAGAGGACCCCUCCCUCUUGUGCCUGCCGCAUCUUCCGCCAUCGUUCAAUACGGAAGAGAUCUACGAAAGUCUUUAUGACGCUCGUUGGAAGUCAAUGUUAAAGGAAGAUGCUCGUCUUCAACGUGAGAGUGUCCGAUGGAACUUUUCCUCUCCCCCGGGAUCUGUGGCAUCAAGUCGAGAGGGCUCUGUGGGACCUGGAGCUGCCUCUAAUGCUUGGGGUCAGCCUGAAACUUCUACCGAAUCCAUGUCAAAGAGAAACAACCCACCAAGAAGCCUGGCUUUACAGAAGACAAACCAAGACAGUUUCGGAUUCACCUUGCGACAUUGCAUCGUUUAUGCUCCCGAGCGACAUGACGGGCAGCGACCUCAACCCGAGAUGAAGGAAACCAUUUUUGUUAAGAGCAUCAAGCCUGAGGGCCCCGCUUACCGAGCGGGAAUGCGACUUGGUGAUAGGAUUAUGAGUGUCAAUGGUGAGCAGGUCGCUGGAAAGACCUACAGUCAUGUGGUCCAAAGCAUCAAGGCGGUGCCGGACGUACUAUAUUUGACGGUUCUACCUCAGGAGGAGGAUGUUAUUCAGAAGUAUUUCUUCGACAUUGCUCAAAAUCCCGAAACGAAUCAGCCCAGCAUCCAAGGCUCACCAGCUUUGUCGCAAAGGUCGGUUCACUCUCAACGUGGAGCGCUUUCUAAUUUCAUGCCAAUUGAUUCCUCGGAGCAUUUGUAUGAAGAGCCAGCUCAAAUCCGAGAGAAUCGCUAUCCCUCGCCCAUUUACCAUCGAAAUAACCCGGAUGAAGGUGUUCUUAAUCGGAUUCAACGGGACUUUGAGAUGAAAGAGAAGUUCAUGAAUCGGCCCCCCGAAGACUUUAAAACAACCAUAAAAACUCGCGAAGACCAACACAAAGAAUCAAGAUUGACCAGAAAGGACGACCGAUCGCGAAACUUGAAGUCGAAAUCUCCAUCACGGUUGCCGCGUCCUAUGCAGACCUUCGUGGACGGCUCGACUUGCUCAAAAGGCGAUAGUGGAUCAUCCUUACCUUCGCCAAAGUCUCAUUCUCAGUCAAGUCAAAGCGAGAUCGAGGCCCAUGCCUCCUCCAACGCUCUCAUUAUGGACCGGAUACGGGAAGAAGGGGCCGCAAAUUCGGAAACCAUGACGACAGCCCCUCAUCACCGCUAUCGCUCACAUGAUCAUGUCUCAAGUCGACGAUCCUCGGCAGCGAGUGAAACCCCUCCUCCUUCAACAACAGCAACAACAAUAUCAACAACGGCCUUUUUGGACUCGAGCCGAUACCCUGCGUCCUCAUACUCCGAGACCCGUCAAUCCUCACAUACAGGUUCGACCAUGAACCCCCCAAUCCGCAGACGACCUAAACCCACCCUAACUCCAGAAGAGACUGAUGAAAAGAACCUAAGAAGAGCCUCAUAUUUGCGAGCCACCAAAAACGAAGAUUGCGCCCGCAAUGUGGCACUAGACCCUAGUGUAAUUAACACCACCACCAUCACUAGCGCCACCCCCGAUACAGAUUUCGAAAUGGUGACGUCCACUUCCAAAGCAUUAUCGUCGUCAUCAUCGCCAUUGUCGUCAUCAUCAACAACGACUAAGAAAUUACAAUCAUCCGGGGCAGAGAAAUUGUCAAAUUCUUCCAACAGUAUCCAACGUAGUAAGGCACGCAUUGGUGAGAAAACUGACUCGUCCCAAGAGGAUUUGGAGUCCCAUGGACCCAUUCAAGGAGAGGAAAUCAAACAAGGCUGGCUUCAAAUCAAGGUCAUGGCUUUGGAGGGCAGGAAAGCCACUGAUCGCUCAUGGAAGAACGUGUAUGCUGUGAUCAGAAGCAAUCGCAUGUUCAUGUACAAGGACAAAAAAGUUGCCACCGAGAGUCCUCAAUCGACGGAAGAGGAUACUGUGCCCUUAGCCGAAAGUUACGUGCAUGUGGCGGACGACUAUACCAAACGGAAGAACGUGUUUCGCAUUAAGACCCAUUUUGGAUCCGAGUAUUUGUGCCAAGCGGAUCAAGAGCAAGACAUGAAGGAGUGGAUCAAGGCCAUUGAGUCUUCCAAUGUGCAUUUCGUCGUAGACGAAAGGAAAGACUCGGGUCCAGGAGGUGUGCUCAUUCCGGGUGCAGCAGGAGGCGGGGUUAGAGGAUUGAAGAAACUCACCUCGUUCAGGAACCGAUCUCCGUCCCUGCAUUCGCCGGCAGCCAAGUCCAGGAAACCAUCCCAAGACCCGAUGCCCUCGCGGGACACGACCAUCCAAACGAGUUAUCAUGGGCCAUCAAAUCCCACCACCAUCACCACAACCACAACAGCCACCACUACCACCACCGCCCACUUCAUGACCUCAUCAGUUCCGAAUCUAGAUUCCGCAGGUCCAAUGACUGCGACGGAAGAGACGAAAAGGGAUAAGAAAACCUUGAUGGGCAAGAUGGCCAAACAAUGGAAGAAAAUCCAACACGGCUCACCGGCCAUGCCCCAAACGCUUGAGCCUGAAAGCGGAUCAAUAGGAGUCCCAUUGGAAAACUGUCCCAUGAGCGAGGAUCCGAAUCACGAACGUGUUCCAAAGCUAGUCACCACGUGUUGCAAGAUUGUCGAGGAACGUGGCCUCGAGAUUGUAGGCGUUUAUAGGGUUCCCGGCAACACUGCGGCUGUUAAGUGUCUAAUCGAACAACUCAGGGCUGCUGAUCCAGAGGAAGCCUUCAAAAUGGACGAUUAUCGUUGGAACGACGUCAAUGUUGUGUCCAGUCUAUUGAAAUCAUUUUUCCGCAAGCUGCCCGAACCUUUGUUCACAGCCGAGCUUUACCCAAGAUUCGUCAAAGCCUCGAUGAUCGAGGAUUCCGGGCAGCGAUUGCACACCCUCAAGAAACUUAUUCAAGCCUUACCGUCCAUCAACCUUGAUACCCUCGAAUUCGUGAUAGGCCAUCUCACCAAGGUCAUUGAAUUCUCCAAUAUCAACAAAAUGGAGGUCAAGAACUUGGCCAUUGUGUUCGGACCCACUUUGGUGCGACCCGAUGGAGACGAUAUGAUGCUCAUGGUCACGGACAUGGCCCAACAAUGCCGCAUCAUCGAGUCCAUACUCACUCACGCCGAGUGGUUCUUCAAUAACGAGCCCGUAGACGAGCACGCGGUUUCGAGUUUUAUUCUCGACUGCGCCGAGCCCCAAACCGUGAUCGCCCAAACAGCUCAUGAAAGCAUUUUAUUAACCAACCUCCAGAAACUGGAGUAUCAGGGUAAAGUUCAUAGCCCCUCCCGAGAUAUGAGUGCCAAAGAAGUGGUUUCGAGCAUCAUCUCGGCCGCACAACGCAAGAAGAAUCGACCAAGCGCCCCCUACUCUCACAAAGUAAGUCCCAACCCGAUCAUGGUCAAUAGCCAAAGAAUUGGGCCAGAACAACAGACUCAGACCCCACCCCUGAGCGAGAACAAUUCGAGACGCAAUUCCGAAAGCAUGAUGCAAGCCGUUAGCGGAGUCCAAUCGUGUUCCAAUCAGGAAUCGAGUUCCAAUAAUGAGAGGAGGAGUCCAGUCCAGGGUGUAGGAGCCUCCCACUUAAAUCUCCCAUCCACGUCUUACAUGAAGAAAAUCUCAGCCAGUGCUGAGAACAUCAAUCGAGUGUGCAACUUGAGUGUUCAGCAGCUGCAAAGCUCGCCUUCCCGAAAGUUCCCUCUGACCGAAUCUACAACCACAUAUCAGAACGAGUCGAAUCGCGAAUCACCCGGAAAGACUCAUUUCCGACCGGACUUACUCCCAGGUCCAGAAUCUCCGACGCUGGAUGCCUGGAAGAGCAACUCUGAUCAGAUCCUUUUGCAAGAGCCCUAUCCAACCCAAGCCUACAACUCCGAUCCGGCGGAUGCCAAGAACCGAUUCCUGACCCGUACCUAUUUUAAACGUAACGCCGAUCCUCGAUUGCCCAUCAAUCGUGUUCAUUCUGCCUCCAAUCUCAUGGAGAGUUUGGCCGAGUUCGACUCAUCCCAAACAACCACUGCUCCCUUGGGAGCGCUGAAACGUCACCAGUUGCAAAAGUGUGCUACGGAAUCCACCUUGGCAAUUGAUGCGAAACAAUCCUCUCCCAACAAGUCUACUGCCGACGUCAAAACCCAAGCCAAAACGCCCACCACGAAAGACCAGGAAAAAGGGGAAGAGGAAGAGGAAGAAAACCGAGUGGAAGCUUCAGAAGAUGACAGAGAGCGUGGCAAAAUCAUCAGUCAAUUGAAUACGUUUGACGAGUCUUUACGUCUGCUAAUCGAUCCCAAUUCUCAGUCUGGUCCGGAUUCGCACGUUAAGGCCAAUCCUCAGCGUCGAAUGUCAGCAAUAACGGUUGUGAACACCAACCCCUCGCCCUUGGCUCCAUCAUCAUUUUCCUCGACAUUACCGGCAACAUCCAAUGCCAAGACCUCACGAAGCAUCAGUGUGGGGGGUCGACCUCCUCAAUUAGCCCUCAAGGACAAACGCAACCAUGUGAGCCGGAAAAGCGAAUUGAAGCGCGGGAAAUUGGUAGACAAGAAAAAGCAGCAUUCGCCCACGUUGAUUAAUUUCAAGCGAAAUGACUCCUUGAAUAAGAAGGAAAAGCAGAAGGUGAACAUUCGACAAAAAGCAGCCGAGAAGGAAAACAACAACACCGCUCAAAAGCUUUGGGAAGAGCAUCUCCUCAAGGAUCCCACAGCUGCUUCCAAGAUUAUUAAAACCCUGAGCAACCAAAGCCAGAUCAAGCGGCGAAAUACCGUGGGAAGCCCCAACGAUAUCGAGAACCAAGGCCGGAAGAGCAAGUUCUCCAUCAAUCACCACCACCGGCGCACCGCCCCAAUGACCAUUGGGCAUCGUUGGUCUUCCAUGGACAGUGCAGGGAGUAAUGAGGAUGAAGGGACCGAAUUGGAGGAACCCAGGACUGAGGACGACGAGGAAGAUGAAGAACAGAUCGUCAAUAAUGAAUCGGAGGACAACCGCCUCCUAGGACUGGCUUUAACCAUUUCCAAGGUCGGUCAGCGGCCUUCUGAAACUCACAACGGGUCUGCCAACGACUCUCCGCCUGGGAAAAUGCCUUCGUUACUUGAGUCCCAAGUCUGACGUGGCGUCUCGAUGUGGUUGUUUUUAUUGACAAGUCAUUGAUUACUAUGUAUAUCUGGUCGUCUAGAGGAAAAGAAUCGGAUCAGACCGAUGAUGCAUUUUGUGUUCCCAACGGUGGAUUUGGCGAGCAUAGUCGAGUCGUGUCGACUUAUUCCUGGUGAUUGUUGUGUUUAGGCUCCAAAUCAAUCCACCUUUCAAUCAAAAUGAAGAAGAACAUGAACAAGAUAAGCAAAACUGUUCUACAACUUAACUGUGAUAUGACAACAAAAAUCCUUUCAAAAUCAGUGGUAGCAUGACCACUUACAAAAUGAGUGCCCCUCCGACUCAUCAUCAUCAUUAUUAUUAUCAUUAUUACUACUACUAUCUUCAUUAUCAUCAUCAUAACAUGUAGGCCGUGUCUGCCGUUUGUCGAUGUCCCAAUCGUGGUUGAACAAAUAAUAAAAGACAAAAUAGUACAUAUUAUUUAUGGGUAAACCAGUUAAACAGUCGAGUACGACGACACAUUCGGUGUGUGAAAAUAAAUUACCGUAACGUAUGCGUAAUACACCAAGAUUAA